AUGUCCACCGUGGUAUGGCACACCAAGCUUGCUCGCACGCUAGUGCAAUCGGCACUGUUCAAGGCCAAGAAACGAACAAUACUGUGGCAAUAUAAGCCUCCGGUCCAAUCGAGUUUCUCGUCAUGUUGUCAACUAGGACGGCAGCAAGAAUGUCUCACCACGAAUGAAUCUGAUCGUCGCAUGGAAAAACUGUUGAAUCGGAACGCGAUACGACCUGCAGCUACUUGGCUCUCUGCGACAGGUAGAGAUGUCAACAUUGACCAAAUCUUGCGUCAACUGCCCAGGAUCGAUGACGAUGUUGCUGAAGCCUAUCCAGCAUUAACGAAGACGCUCACCUCGGCAGUGUUUCUUGUGACGCCCGGUUUAGCUCAUCUUUUUGACGGCAACAACGAAUUCUUCAAGACUGCCAUGAAUCAAAUCUUCCAGGGUGCAAAAGAACCUUUUCAGAAGCAAUUUCGUCGCUACGCAUUGGUCGCCAUUGUCGAUGCUGUGCCAGCGAUAUCUCUUGAACCUGAGAACGAGAAGUCUCAAAUGCACGGCUACGAAGGACUUGGUGUAUGCCUCUUACCGACUCCGCGUACCAUAGAGCCCAACGGCGAAGCUUCCAGCGAUAUACCUAUCAUAAAUCUUGUCAUGCACAUACGCAGGGCGAACGGAAAUCCUACUCGAACGUUCACGUACUCAGCACCUGUCGCGAACACUCUCUUUGUCAAUGGCCACAAGCAUACAAUGUCUAGGUCGGAUUGGGACAGCUUCGACGGUGCACCUUACCUAAUGACCAACCGGCAAAAGCUGACGGAGCUUGAUGUUCCACUGUACAGAUCAAACAUUUCGGGGUUUGUGCAACCCAGGUUCGUUGCCAAACUCGAAGAGUUGACUGAGCCCUGUAUCAUCGUUUCAAGUAUGGGCAAUAUUGUUCGCCAGCUGCAGACUCAAGCAGGUGAGAUCAUUUCAGCAUCUAGUGAGCUGGAAAAGAUCAUUCCACCACUGGUGAAGAAGAAGGACGAGGUCAAUGCGGGCAUGCAGCUAGACAUAUUUGCCCUCGUCUAUCCUCAAAAAUCAAGUAUUCCAACUAAGAGGUCUAAGAAUGCCCCAACAGCACCUGCCGACACGACAAAUACCCAAGAUGUGCACAAGUUGCUCCUCAACAAGGCGCGUUUCCACAAAGUGACAAGUGGUGGUGGAGGGUGGGGCAAGAAAGCUGGUCUGCUCUCCCUCGAGCCUGGAAUCGAGCUUAGACAGAGCUCGCAGCAAGAAGAUUCACUUUUCGCAGCGUCGCUCUUUGAGUUGGACGAGGUAGAAAUGCCACGCUCGGAGGUCCUGUGUCCUCCUGGUCACAUAAUCCAGUUCCUAGCGAAAUGGACUGAUACAAACAAUAACAUCGAAGACGCUGUCAGAAUUGAAAAGUUAACCGCGCCUGUCAAGUGGUCGAACGAUGAUUAUUUUCAACCGUUAGCAGUACAGAAAUUCUCCGUGGGUACAGUAAGACUGCCGGAGACAGUCGCACACAGCCAUUCCACGACAGCUGGCACCGAUCGGCUUGUCUUUUGCCCCAAUCAGUUCGGCUUCCUAGCAAGCUCGGGCAUGAGCUUCUCGCUUUUCGGUCGCAAGUCUUCUGAUACAAAGCCGCUCCAGAGCCAAGCCGAAAAGCUCGGACAAGAUGACAAAAACCUUGAGCAAUCUCAAGAGGACAGACGUGGCUCUCCUAUGCAUAGUACUCUUGUUCAAGUGCCAAACAGCUAUAUUGUCAAUGUAGCACGAGCAGGGGGACGAUUGCGUAUAGAAGAUGAACAUAAGCUUAUAUCGAUUGAGGAGGAGCGAAGAAGCCAAGAGACAGAAACCAAGACGGACACACGAACCACAGAGCAGCCGCUCCUACAGAUACAAAGGCUAACGUCGAGACUACUUGGAAAAGUCAACGAUCCAACAACGGGGCAGCAGCUUCUCAAAAUAGAACGGCUGACAUCCGAUUUACUUGAAAAAGCUAAGGAUCAAACGACAGGGCAGCAGCCCCUACAGAUACGGAGGCUAAGAUCGGCGUUCCUCAGCAAAUACAAUAGUCAAGAUGCACGCAUGUCGUCGCACAUCCCCGAACAUGUAAAGGAAAUCGACGCCGAUGGGAAGCUAGAUGAGCAUCUGCGAAAAAGGCACGAACAGCACAUCAAAUCUGGAAGGGGCCACGCCUACAAGUCUGUUGUGGGAGGGCCUCGGAAGUACGCGCAAGAGGCUGGGAAGGUAGACGAACUAGUUGGGGGUUUGGGGGAAGACUCUACGCCUCCCAGCUCCUCUGUCGGGCAAGGCGGUCGGUGA